AUGAAGCAUCUUGGGUUCACGUUAGUUUUUCUGUUAGCUGUGGCGACUAGCAAAGGCGAAGAUUUUACUUGCGAAGAGAACGAGCCAUUCACAUGCAACCAAACUGCUCGUUUCAACAGUGGCAGUUUUGAAAAAGACUUCAUCUUCGGUCUUGCAUCUUCUGCUUACCAGGCAUGUAACGAAUCACACAUCGAAGGCACCAUGAAUCGUGGUCUCAACGUUUGGGAUGGCUUCACUCACCGAUGGCCAAGUAAAGCAGGACCCGAUCAUGGGAAUGGAGACACUACUUGCGACUCAUAUUCGUUGUGGCAGAAAGAUAUAGACGUGCUCGACGAACUCAAUGCUACUGGCUACAGAUUCUCCUUCGCGUGGUCAAGAAUCAUUCCAAGAGGAAGAAGGAAUAGGGGAGUCAACAAAGAAGGUAUUAAGUACUACAGAGGUCUCAUAGAAGGUCUCCUCGAAAGGAAUAUAACCCCUUUUGUUACCCUCUAUCACUGGGACCUUCCUCAAGUUCUGCAAGAUGAUUAUGAAGGUUUCUUGAGUCGCCAGAUCAUAGAUGAUUUCAGAGAUUACGCGGAUCUAUGUUUCGAGGAAUUUGGUGACCUAGUGAAGAACUGGAUCACAAUAAACCAGCUCUACUCAGUGCCUAUAAGAGGCUACGGAAUGGGUACAGAUGCACCCGGUCGAUGUUCCCAUUGGUACGAUAGCUCAUGUUACGCCGGAAAUUCAGCAACAGAACCAUAUAUCGCCGCACAUCACCAGCUUCUUGCUCAUGCCACGGUCGUGGAUCUUUACCGGAGGAAAUAUAAGCCAACACAAGGAGGACAGAUUGGACCUGUGAUGAUAACUAGAUGGUUUCUUCCAUAUAAUGUCACUGAUCAAACCAGCAUAGAAGCAACUGAGAGGAUGAAAGAGUUCUUCUUGGGAUGGUACAUGGAGCCGCUAACAAAAGGUAAAUAUCCGGAUGUCAUGAGGGAAAUUGUGGGUUGUCGUCUUCCAGAGUUCACGGAAGAAGAAUCCGAACUUGUGAAAGGUUCCUAUGAUUUUCUUGGUCUCAACUAUUACUUCACUCAAUACGCCCAAGAGGCAGCCCCAGCUCCUAGGGUCUCUGCCAUGGCGGACCCACUCGUUCAAUUUACAUGACUCCCUACUGCCGGUGAUGUAUCCCCUGAGGUGGGUAUGGUCGAUCCAGAGAGGAUUGAUUAUCUCUGUAGUCAUCUCUGUUUCCUCAGUAAGGGCAUCAAGGAGUUUAACGUCAAUGUCAAAGGAUAUUUUGCGUGGGCUCUUGGGGAUAAUUAUGAAUUCGGAGCAGGCUUUACCGUGAGAUUCGGACUCAGUUUCAUUGAUUGGAACAAUGUCACUGAUAGAGACCUCAAAGAUUCUGGCAAAUGGUUCCAAAAGUUCAUAAACGGUCCCGUAAAGCCUGCCAAAGAUUUCCUCCGCUCAAGCCUCUCCUUCGAAAACACUAAGAAGCUCGCAGAUGCAUGA